CUUAUUUUAAAAUUAUACGUAUGUAUCCUUUUUAUUUUAAUUUAAAAGUUGAGAAAUUCCAAAGUUAAAAGUAUGCUACUUUUAGAAAAUAUCUUCUGCAUUAACAUGUAAAAAAAAAAAAAAUCCUUGCGGUGUAAUAUUAAAUAGUAGCAUGGCUGCAAUUGCUGUCGGUCAACGAAGGAUAUUUUCUUCCCUGUAUCGUCCAUUGUUACAUCUGUCGCAGUUAAAACCCUGCACAGCUCCUGUCAGCAUUCAGCUGAGAUUAGCUUCGACUGGGAAACAGCCAAAAUAUAAGAAAAGUAAUGCUAUUAGUAAACUACCUGUUGGUCAGGACACUGAAGAAGAAACACCGAAGUUGAUUAAACUAUUUGAUGAGUCUGGUUGUCUGUUACCUGUUGUUGAGAAAGAUGAGGCUCAGAAGCUGGCAAAAUUAAAGGAGCUCAAAUUAGUACAAAUAAGUGAGGACAAAUUAGAACCACAUUAUCAAUUGAUGACAGGUAAACAGUUAACUGAAUGUCGGCUCACUCAGAAAAAGUCCAAAAAAGAAAAAUCCCCUAUAGAGAAAACUCUUCACAUAAAAAGUACCAUAUCGGAACAUGAUUUUCUUGUUAAGUUAAACAAAAUAAAAGAGUUACUGGAGAAGAAUAUCAAUAUAAGGAUGAAGAUAAAAGUGUCAAAUUGUGAUAAUGAGACUGAAAGCCGAGGAAUUCAAUUAAAGUUUAUGAAACGGAUAACAGAAGAAACCAGUUCCUUAGCCAGCAUUAAGGAAGCCAGCAGCACUGCCACAGAAAUAAUAGUACUUCUCCGUAAAAAAACACAAUAAUUUGUCCUGUCAUCUGUUUCCGUGGAUGCUGUCUCUUUCAGUGGCUGUGUUCUCAUCCAGAUGAAGUUGAGGAUUACAUAAAUGAUUAUCAAAAACAAACCAAGCAAAUGAACAUAAUGAAUUGAAGAAGGUCUCCAUUAACAUUAGAAAUGGAAAUAAAUGAUUUAAAGUAUUAGCCGACAGUGUUCUAUGAAUUUAAUUUUCUUGGAGGAACAAGACAUGUUUUUAUUUAAUGAAAUGAGAGUAAUUAUUAUCUUAUAUCAUUGAAAUUAUUACUGUGAAACUUUUAAAAUAAUU